AUCUUCUUAUUUAUGUAAACUUUGACAUAAACCGUAUUGUUGCCGCUUUUUCCAAUCACCAAAAAGGCUUCCGCAUCGUUAGAAAAUUAAUAAAUUUGAGUCAGAAAGCAACAUUUUCCAUCUAUAUAAUCGUUUGUCUGCGUAAAACAAACGAAAUGUCUGAUCGUGAUCGUGAAUAUCGUGGUGGAGGAGGUGGUCGUGGCGGCGGAGGCGGUGGUGGAGGUGGAGGUGGUGGCGGCGGUGGUGGAGGAGGAGGUGGCGGCGGUGGACGCCAUCGUUCACGGUCCCGCGAGCGUCGCCGUAGCCGUUCCCGAAGCCGUGGAGAGCGUAGAAGAUCGUCCCGUUCCCGUUCGCCAUACCGAAAGCAUCGUUCUCGUAGGCGUAAGCCAUCGCUUUACUGGGAUGUUCCACCACCAGGUUUCGAACACAUUACACCGCUACAAUACAAAGCGAUGCAGGCUGCCGGACAGAUACCGGCUAAUAUAGUAGCGGACACACCGCAGGCAGCUGUCCCGGUGGUUGGUUCAACUAUCACACGGCAGGCGAGGCGGUUGUACGUGGGCAACAUACCGUUCGGCGUGACGGAGGAAGAAAUGAUGGAGUUCUUUAACCAGCAGAUGCAUCUGUCCGGUUUGGCUCAGGCUGCCGGAAAUCCCGUACUUGCCUGCCAGAUCAAUUUGGACAAAAACUUUGCGUUCCUGGAAUUUCGCUCGAUCGACGAAACCACCCAAGCCAUGGCAUUCGAUAGCAUUAAUUUUAAGGGACAAAGCUUGAAAAUUCGAAGACCGCACGAUUACCAGCCCAUGCCCGGUAUGACCGAUUCGGCGGCGGUCAAUGUUCCCGAAAAAUUCUCCGGCGUUAUCAGCACAGUGGUACCCGACUCACCGCACAAGAUCUUCAUCGGUGGUUUGCCGAACUACUUGAACGAGGAUCAGGUAAAGGAGUUGUUGCUUUCGUUCGGUCAACUGAAGGCAUUCAAUCUGGUCAAGGACGCCGCAACAGGUCUGGGCAAAGGUUACGCCUUUGCUGAGUAUGUGGAAUACACAACAACCGAUCAGGCAAUUGCUGGGUUGAACGGUAUGCAGUUGGGUGAUAAAAAAUUGAUCGUACAACGUGCCAGUGUAGGAGCGAAGAACUCGAACGCUGCCGUUGUAGCACCGGUUCAGAUUCAGGUGCCGGGACUUUCGCUUGUCGGGUCAUCUGGUCCACCGACCGAGGUCCUUUGCCUACUGAACAUGGUCACACCGGACGAGCUGAAGGAUGAGGAAGAGUACGAGGAUAUUCUUGAAGACAUUCGGGAAGAGUGCAACAAGUACGGUGUGGUACGGAGUGUGGAAAUACCUCGCCCCAUCGAGGGUGUAGACGUGCCCGGCUGUGGAAAGGUAUUUGUCGAGUUCAAUUCCAUCGUCGACUGUCAGAAAGCACAGCAAGCGCUGACCGGGCGUAAGUUUAGCGACCGUGUCGUUGUGACGUCCUAUUUCGAUCCAGAUAAGUAUCAUCGACGAGAGUUUUAAGGACAUGCGGAAGAGAGUAUGUGGCAUGAUCGGGGAGUGUGAUUAGUGUAUAAUGUGACGAUCGCUCCAACUUUGACAUUAUGGAUUGUAUUAUUUCACUCUUUCUUUUUCUUAUUUCGAUCCCACUAUCGUUGCCGGUUUUGGUCUAACUAAUCCCCAUUAGGAGGUUAUCUGUGACUUAAUGUAUCUUUUCGAAAUGUUGGAUUUUGGACAUAAACUAUCAAUAAUUCCAUUGGAAUAAUUCCACUCAGAACUAUCCAUGUAUAGUAACCCCCGGAUGAAACUUAGGGGACUCGAAAAAGAAAAAUGGUGUCCUUAUGUACGUGAAAGCAGGGUUAUAUUUUUUAACUUUGCCUAUCAAUCAUAGCACAUCUUCAUUCAUAGCUAUGAAUGUUUUGUCAUAUUGAACAUAUUUUUUUCAGCUUCAAAUGUGAUCAAAUGUGAUUUACUUACAAUGAUCCAAAAAAAUGCUAAUAUUGAAAGUACUCUGACCAAUCCCUAAACGGAUCCUUGGAAAAUAGGACAUGCUUCUUCUAAAUUCUUAGUCGAUGACUCAGCGUCUGUUAUUUUAUUCUGCGAUCGUAUACAAUCUACAAAUGACUAAACUCAACGUCCGGACCAAAGUCGACAGCGACCUAAAAUAUAUUGUCUUGAAAUGAAAGUCCACAGCGUAGAUUAACAGCAUCGAUUUUAGGCUCCUCUCGAUUACUUGCGCAAUCGUCUCUAGUGUAACGUAACGUAGAUGUUUAAGAUAACAAGGAAGCGAAGUACGUGACGAUUGACGCAUGUAAUGCAGUUUUGAAAUUUCCAAUGUUUUCAACAGCGACACUAACUAAUAAAAGACUAUUCAGUGAAAAUA